AUUCGUUUCGACGCCGUGUAGCAUCUAGCGCGUAGGUAUAUUAUUGUGUGGCUGCGCUUCCUUUCUCAAUUCUCGAGUCCAAGUUGUACUGAAGGAGGAAUCACUGUAGAAAAAUGGCAGAAGUUAGCAAAGCAGAUCUUGAAAAAGAAAUUGAGAAGAUUCUCAAGAAUGCGAACCUCGCUAAAACUUCCACCAAGAAGGUGAUACAGAAGUUAGAAGAGGUGUUUGACACUGACCUCAGUGACAAAAAGAAGAUGAUUGAUCAGCUUGUGAUGGACUACGUCAACAACCAGGCAUCUGAUGAGGAAGAUGAGGAAGAGGCUUCGGAGGAGGAGGAAGACAAGAAACCACCUAAAAAGGCUGCCAAACCAGCGCCCAAGAAGCGCAAGGCGAGCACUGAUGAGGAUGAUGAUGCUAACGGCACAAAUGACAGUGACUCUGAAGAGGAAAAGAAGAAGCCAGCCAAGAAGGGUAAGAAGAAGAAGGGUGAUUCCGACAGCGACUGGGGAAAGAAGACUGAGAAAGCCGCGAAACCUAAAAAGGCUGGCGGUCGAGGCAAAGCGAGCGGCUACACCAGAGCCUACAAACUGUCUCCAGCGCUCGCUGAGCUGAUGGGCAAGGAUGAGAUGCCUCGCCACGAAGUAGUCAAGCAAGUCUGGACAAUCAUCAAGGAAAAGAACCUAUAUGACCCCAACAACAAACAAUUCGCGAUCUGCGACGACGCGUUAUACAAGGUGAUAGGCACGAAACGGUUUCGCACUUUCGGUAUGAUGAAGUACCUGAAAACUCACUUCUUGGAUGAGUGAAUUUUGGACAUGGCAACACUGAGCUUUUCGACUACCCUCAUUUUUAGUUUAUUUUGACAUUGUAAUUUUUUCUCCGGUUUAUUGUAACAAUCUUGUUACUGUGAUAUAUGAUAAGCUAUAGUCACACCUUCUUACUAAUAAAAUUAUUUACGCAUUAUAUAACUUUUCAAGUUUUGUUGUCCUUGUCUUUCUUGAGACUUUUCAAAUACAAAGAUAAACAAACCUUGAGAAGUUUAUACGCUGCGUAAAUUUCUUUAUUAGCAAGACGGUAAGUCUGAAUUGAGCCAUCAGUGCAAAUGUUCACUUUGACUUUUGCACUAAUGAAUAACUUUAAACUUACCAUUAAAAUUCUAAUGCUUAAUAUAGUUGAAUUUGAGGACUUUGUGGAUUAUAAAAUUGAUUUGACAUUCUGUGCUAAGGUCUAAGAGUCGAUUACUGAAAUUCUAUUUAAAGUUUUUCUAAUAGGCUGUUACUGCUUAACAGAAAGAUAAAGACAUCCUGAGUUUGAACUUAACGUCAAGUAGUGUUUCAAUUUUGACCUUCUAAAAAAUAAUUAUAAUUAAAGAACUGUCUGUUUAUCUUAUCUGUAAGAAAGUAUAUAUUAAUUUUUAAUACAAUAUGAUAAAUCACUUUUUCUAUAGGUUAGGUAUAUUAUGUGUAAGCAGCUACAUAAUAAUUUAGUUCGAUAUUCGAAUUUGACUUAAGUGUGCAGUGUUACUAUACUUAAAUAUUUUCCCCGAAAUGUUGGAAAAAAUUUAACUAUACUACUACAGUUUAAAUAACUAAAUUUAAAGCAUAAUAAGUACAUUGAUGUAUCAUUUUUUUCCAAACUGCUUUUGCAGAUUCUACACUUGAUUUUAUGAGUGUCCAUAGCUGUAAGUAUGUGAAAGAAAAGGUGUUACAGUACUCUAAUAAAAAGAAAGUAUAUCGACUUUAAAUUGGGCUAUCGUACUUGUGAAAAUAAGCUUAAUAUUCUUACGUGAGUGUAAGUGAUAGGCUACUUUCCGAUUUCCUAUCUCUUACACUCACGUAAGGCCUAGUCCCGCUUUUCGUGGAUAACUCGAACAUACGUGCAGCAUGCUGAAAAAAGAAAGGUGUGUAAUGAAGAUGAGAGUGGGAGAUAGAUGGGUGGAUUUUCUAUGGCUA